AUGGAGACAGGAUUUUUUAUUAUUUUUAUCAAUUUAUAUGUUAUUGCAUAUAAGAUAUAUGCUAUUGAAAAUUCCAAUUUUUCAAGUACAUGGAACAAUUUUACACAAGAUUCUCAAUUAUUACAUGCAACUUAUUCUAUUACUAUUAUUGAUAAUUCGACUGGAAAUGUUACAUUUUCAUUUAAUAAAGAUAUCGGUCUUGCACCUGCAUCUACGAUGAAAACUGUAACAGGUGCAGCUGCUUUUCAUUAUUUAGGUACAGACUAUCGAUACAAAACAUUAUUACAAUAUUCUGGUAAGGUUAAUCCAUUUGGUAUUCUUAAUGGAUAUAUUUAUAUUGUCGGAAGUGGUGAUCCAAGUUUAGGUAGUUGGCGAUGGAAUGAAACAAAAGGUGAUAUAAUAAUGCAACAUUGGAUAAGUUUAAUAAAUGGAAAAGGUAUAAAACAAUGCCGAGGUAUAAUACUAGAUUUAAGUGUAUGGCCAGAUCAAACACAGACAGUACCUGAUGGAUAUCCAUGGGGAGGAUUAGGAAAUUAUUAUGCAACCGGUAGCAGUGCAUUAAAUUGGCGUGAAAAUCAAUUUCGUAUCUUUCUUUUACCAGGUUCGACUGUUGGAAGUCCUGUAACAGUUGCUGGAUUCGAAAACUUACCUCAAUUAAUUACAUUUACUAAUGAACUCGUUACUGGUCCUCCAGGAAGUGGUGAUCUUGCGGAUGUAUAUUUAGCUCCUGAUAGUACUCAUGGUUAUUUACGUGGUUCUUUAGGUAUAGAUUCACCAAAAGAUUUCUCAAUUGGUGCUGCUACACCUAAUUCAGCAAUUCAUAUUGCUGAUGAACUUCGUCAACGUAUGAAUUGGUCAAAAUCAAUGCCCAUCAAAAUUAUUUAUCAACAGGAUGUUAACACUACUGCAAAUCGAAUAACACUUGAUACAUAUCAAUCACCACCAAUGAGUGAUAUUGUCUAUUGGUUCGAACAAGAUAGUAUCAAUAUGUAUGGUGAAGUACUUAUAAAAACAAUUGCUCAAAUAACUAAUUCAAGUACUAAUCGAGUAUUACCACUCUAUUGCUAUAAUGAACAUGGUAUUGAACAAACAGCAGUAGCAACUAGAGAUGGUUCAGGUUUAUCACCUCAAAAUCGUAUAACAACAUCGGCUAUUGCACGUGUACUAUAUAAUAUUCAACAACGAGCAUCAUGGUUUCCAUCAUUCGAACGUGCACUACCAAUAGCGAAUGGAAUUCGAAUGAAAGGUGGUUUUAUUAGCAAUGUCUUAUCUUAUUCUGGUUACGUUAAUGAACAAGUAUUUUCAAUUAUAACAAAUAAUUAUAAUGGAGUAACAUCAGUUAUGCGACAAAAAAUAUGGAAUUUGCUUAAUACACUCAAAUAA